AUGCAGCUGAAGCCAUCCGCGGGAAACGGAAAGGAUCUACUCUCUGUCACGGAGAAAAUGAUUGUAGCGAGGGCACUGGAGGAUGUCAAAACGCUUUUGAAAAAUUUUUACUGCGGGGUCAUUGGAAAAUUCUCGCCCAUAGCUUUGGGAGGAAUGACUGAACGGACAACUACGGAGAUCGGUGCAAAAUGCAGUAAGCAAACAUCUUGGUUAAGGCAGAAUGAUGUAACAUCAGUGCUCGCUCCAGAGGCUCAGGUUUGAAUACCAUCCAUGCAAACGUGUCGGAAUGAGGAAAUCCUAUCUGGUUUAGGUCGUACGUGAUCCUAGGCAAUAUUUCAAUUCGCGGCAUCGGGGUGCAUGCUGUAAAGACAUGGGGUGCGUAGUCUUCUAGAGUGUUGGUUUCAGCACUUGCUUUUUCCUCUUUAGCUCUAACGACAGCCGCGGACGGUUAUAGAAAUGAUAUCGGGCCGCAGGAUUACACGCCAAGAACAUUCGACAAGCUAGACAGAAUUGCUCAAUUGGUGGACAUAGACAUAAAAAACGCGUUUCCAGCUGCAAAUACUGAUGAGGCGAAGGGAGCUGCUUAUAAGAGUACUUCUUGAUUUGUUCUGUUAAUAAUGCUUGUCCAGUAUUUCCGCCAUAUUCUUAACCAGCGUGGUCUAGAAGACUGUGUUUUUGCUAGUUUGAUGGCAAAGUGCCGGAGCCCCUCGGUGAAGAGAACAACCGGGCGCCACAGUGUUUCGACGUUGCGACUCUCGUCUACAUGGGUCUGCUUGAUCGUUAAAUCGACAAAUUGAAAUCGCGCGGCCCUCUUGGCUAGUCGUCCUCGUGAACACGGUGGUCUCGCCAUCGAGCUUGGAUUGCCUUUUUGGGUUUUGAGAUGUAACGCUUUUCACUUGGUGUGUAACCACCGCGAGUCUUUUGUAGGAAAGACUAAAAAAGUUGCGUCGCUCCUUGUUGUCCUUGGUGUACGAAGUUCCGCAAUAAGAUGAAAAAAAGCAAUGCUCGUAACCCAUUCCUUCGCGCUGAUGCAUCUCUUUUUUUUGUCUAUCUAAAUGGCAGAAUGCUGCGUGGCACGGAAGAGUGCUGCCGCUGUUGGGCAGUUGCUUUGUGGUUGGGAUUCUUCUGUUCGAUCGCACUUUCCGCGCCGGCGCCCUCCCCCUUGUUUCUAGUCUACCUCGUGUUGCUUUGGGUACUAAUUCUAGGACGCUGUCUGUGUUUGAUAGUGUGGUCGGGUCGUAGCGCUAGCGCGGGCCUUACACAAUAGUCACUGGCGCUCUGAUACUCGUCUGGUCACAGGAUUUCAAGGACCACUAAACUUCUGCAUCGAAGUAGUGUUUGAUGUGGGUUCUCGUUCUUCUUGUGUUUUCGACGUGAGAAGCCGCGCCUUAGUGAUCGUUAAUUUUUAGGCUGAGUUUCUCUCUUAGUGGUAGAAAAUGGGAGGGCAACACGUGCUGGAUGCGUCGGGCGCUUUACCAAAAGCUGCGAUCCCUACAGGCAGCAAGACUUUGCUACUCAUUGUAAAGUCUGUGCUUAAGAACGGUCCUCUAGUCUUCCGCGAGACUCGUGUAAGCACCAAUUAGAAGGAAGUUCUGCCACAUUUCCCGCGUCCUUGGUACAAGUGCCUUUUUACGCAGGCCUCCUCCCCAACACACCUCCCCACCCGUGCGUUGAUCGUUGUGGAUUCUUUUAAAGGCGCUAAGUCACCUAAACACUGCACAAAGACGGCCAGCCUCUUCUUAGUCGCGGACGUGGUCCGCCUAGCGGUGCCCGAAGCUUGUUUCUGCUGGUUUUUGUGGGUUUUGCACUUGACUUCUUUCAUGUGUUUCUUCGCGCCCCUCCAGAGUCCAGGACACUAGGCGGCAGGGGUGUGCGGUGGGAUUCUGGAGGGGCGCGGGGGUUUGCAGCGUGCCCGGGGUUCUUUCUUUGCUCGCAAUUGUGGGAGGGUUUUCUUUUCCCCGAAGGAGUUCAAGGGGCGGCGAGCGUUCUCCGGGUUCUUACCGUGCCCGGAAGGGUUGAAUAUUGUCUGGGCUUUUGCAGUCUUUUUCGGAACUUUCUCCAUUCAGGCCCCGCGUGUCUUCGGUCAGGCUUUGGGGGCUUUUCGCCGUAAUCGGUCAGCCAAGUUUGAGGCACUCCGCCCCGGGUUCUUUCUGCACUUGGGCUCUUGUCUUUCGUCUUGUUCGGUGUGGGACUGUUGUCCACCUGGCGGCCUGAGGCUCUCGCGCCGGGUGGCCCCUUGAAUUGGGUAGACCUUUCUAGGCUGUACAGGACCCCCCGCCGAAAGCGCUCCUUUGGUGAAAAAAAUGGAAGCGCAGCCUUCUGGCUUUUCUCACAGACAGCACCUUCCUCGGCGGGGAGUCUUGUACACGGUCGAGGCGCUUGCUUCAUUCUUGUGCCCAGGCAUUUCUAAGGGGGUCAGGCUAACGCUUGGGAGCACUGCCAAGGGAAGGAGCCCGCGAGCGAUAAGGAAAGGGGCCCGCAGCUUUGUUCUUUUUGCUCAGUUUCGAUGGUGGGCGUGGGCCGUGUGAGUCUCGCCUGCCCUCUGUGUCUCUUGGGGGUGCUCGAUUAGGAUGGUGCCAAGUCAGCCAAAACUGCACAAAGGCGGGCAGCGUUGCCUCGUAGUCGCGGAAGUGGUCCGCUUGGCGGUGCGUGUCGCUUGUUUUCUGCUGGUUUUUGUGUGCUUUGCCUUUCUUUCGUGUGUCUCUGUCUGUUAGUUUCCCUGCGCCCCUCCAGAGUCCAGGACAAUAGGCGGCAGGUGUGUGCUGUGGAUUCUGGAGGGGCGCGGGGGUGUGCAGCGUGCGCGAGGCCCUUUGCUCGCAGUUGUGAGGGGGUUUUCCUUGGGGAGCUCAAUGGGCGGCGAGUGUCCUCUGGGUUCUUCUUCUUGUCGUGCCCGGAUUAGGUGAAUACUGCCCGGGCUUUUGCAGUGCUUGGCUGAAUUUUCUCCGGAGUAAAAUAGUCGCUGACCUUUCCCUACGUUUUUGCGCUCCAUUCUUAGACGGCUGGCAGUCAGUGCAGACCGGUACCAUAUCAGAGCACGUAGAAGAUACAGACUUCUGACCAGCUAGAUGCUCUAGUUCUUUCACAAGACCAAGCUAUUCAGCGUCUAUAUAAUCUGAUCACUUGGGCUACGGGGUUACAGCGUUUAUAGUGAUACUUUUGUUUUUCGUGCAGGUGCACACCGGGAGGCAGCUAUACUUCCAGCAUCACUCACUGCGCCAUGCCUUUUUUGGCUUUAUUUCGGUUGUUCAAUAGAAUUCGACAUACUGUAGUAUCUUUGACAAAAAUGGGCAGCAGUGGCUGCGUCUGCGGCAAUUUCAAUCAGCGCCAUUAAAUAGAAUUAGAAAUAGUCCUGGUGUAGGGAUGUUAGAGCCGAUGGGCCACCGAGCUGUUGCGUCUUCAGUAAGAUACAACUUUCAAGCAGAGAACAGCGCCAAAACAUAGAAAGCCGGAAAGGGGAAAGGCUUGCGUAAUGGGUCUUGUGAUGUUUACAAGUGGGUAAGCCACCAAUUUCACACUACGCCAAAUCUACGCGAGGUUCGGAAGAGUAACAUUGGCCAAUGUGCACGCUGUGAUUCUAGUGCAUGCAUCUUGCGUAAUCCGCUAAGCCUUAAGCGCGUUAACUCUACGCUUCUCAAUCAGAUGAUUAGCAUACCAGUGGUCUAAUUUGAGAGAUUGGCUCUGGUUCGUAGUUUCUCUCAAUCUCGUCCUUUUCAUAUCAUGGACAUCGCAACAAGGGAGGCAGAAGCUUUAAUAAUUUUUAUCUUUUUUCACAGGCAUCGAAACCGCUCUGGGAGACAUAUGGCAAGAGAUCGUGAAACUUUCAAAGGACCCGACCAACAAUAAGGGAAAGAUAGGAGAAAUCGUCGGUGAAAAGAUAGUCGGCGAACUUGCGCAUCAAAUUGACUCUCUGCUCGACAGCUAUGGUGAGGUGACGCCGUCGCAGAUGACCGACGAGCAAAAGGAAAAGUUGGAAACGCUAUUUGAAAAGCUUUCAACACGCGAGGAGGCAGAAUCCAAAGUAGGCGAGUACGGCCUACUAGGUAAUUACGCACGAAUAAUAUUGAAGCUGAUUAAAGAAUCGUUCUUGAAGCUCUGCGAUUCAGGGGAUGACCGCUGCACCAGUCAAAAGCGGAAAACAGCCCUGAAGAAGGCAGAGAAGUAUGAGGUGGAAGAACGCGCAAAGGCUUGGAGUUCGAAAACGCAGCAGGACUUUUGCGAAGGGAUGUUGCUGCGUUCGUCCGAGGAUGGAAAUUGCAAACCGUUUGCCUACUCUGCGGCGAUGUAUGCCGCAGCGAUGCUGGGAGACACCGGACUUAAAGCUGAGUAUGUCGUCGAUAAAAGGGUGUAG